GGUGACUGCACGCAGCUGAUGCUAGAGUCGGCCACGGGCUCAAUGUCAUGAUUGCUUGACUGGAGAUUCUUCAUAAUCAGCGCUCACGCCCGCCUUCCUCUAGGUAGAUUUUGUUGUCUUUAUUCUUUCAGCCUUCUCCAUACUCUAGACUCGCACUCUUUCGUCGACUAUCUCGGUCGGGGGCAAGGUUUCCAUUGCUAUUGUUGUCAUGAGCUGCUGAUAUUCUGUCAUUGACCUUUGAUCGCAAGCUUUGACAACCUUUUAACUGAAUCGCUGUCGCGCUCGCUACGGCUUUCCUUCGCCUGCCUGCUUCAGAUUCUUGUGACGAUUUUCUUACGAACACCCGAUCUACCUUGAGGAGCACCUAUCCUACCCCACCCGCCAAUUAUUGAAUCGAACAUAUUGGGACAAGCUUAUUGACCUGGUACUUGUUUUUAUUGCCAGCUCUUUCCUUUCUUCGUUUCUCGCGUGGGUUUGAGUUUCUGCGCCAUGUUUUUCCUCAAGGAAGAGACCAAGGUCAUCACGUUGCACCCGUCCUAUUUUGGGCCUAAUGUGCGAGAGUACCUCAUAAACCGGCUGAACGAGGAGGAGGAAGGACGGUGUACGGGAGAUCACUUCGUGAUUUGUGUGAUGGACAUGGUAGAUAUUGGAGAAGGUCGGGUUCUACCUAGCAGCGGGCAAGCCGAGUACACAAUUAAAUACCGAGCUAUUAUCUGGAAGCCGUUCCGUGGAGAGACCGUCGAUGCCAUCGUUACGUCUGUUAAGCCCACCGGAAUUUUCACAUUAGCGGGCCCAUUGUCAGUCUUCAUUGCGCGCAAAAACAUUCCUUCCGACAUCAAGUGGGAACCAAAUACAGUGCCUCCUCAAUACACAGAUCACGCGGACCAGGUCAUUGAAAAGGGGACAAGUCUGCGGCUCAAAAUCCUUGGUGUCAAACCAGAUGUCGCAGCAAUCAAUGCCAUUGGAACCAUUAAAGAAGACUACUUAGGACCACUGUAAAGAAAAGGUCGACGAGAAGAUACCUUUAUCGCAUUUAAUGAUUAUACCAAUACUUCCGCCAGCAAGCGCUUGAGAAGAUUCUGUUGCUUUUUUUACCAUCUUACAAGAAUAUUGCGGGAAAGGGGCAAGUGUCCCGAGGGAGGUACAAUCAUAGCUUGAUUAAAAGACACCCAGUCAGUGUCUCCAGCUUGUUAUAUGUUCGUUCUCAGAUGAGAAGACAAUCUCACGGCCCGCAACGAUGAAGAGCGCUGCUGGUCAGCAGACACAAAACCAGGCGGUGCAGCCUGGCUGGCGAGCUGAAAUAGAGUACGGGGGCGAUACGGACCUCCGUAGAUAUGCUGUCAUGGGUGGUGUGUGCCAGUCUCGGACAAAACAUGCGAGGCGUCAGUAGCAUGUAAGUAUAUGGAAAAGCAAGAAGACAGAUUUAUGUGAAGUGUACUUUACUGCCCUCGAGGCAUCUCUUAAUCACAAGUAAACAUCAUUACAU